AAUACAUGUCAUUCACAUCAUUUUAUUUUGUGAAUUCCUAAAAUCGAGUUGAAUUUGUGAAAAUAUACGGACGUGGUGGCUUCGGGCAUGAGCGCCUUUUUACCGCGGACCAUUGUGUUUUACGAAUAGAUUAUAAGUGAUUUCAGAUAAUAGUUGUAACGUUUAAGAAAUUUCGCACUUAAUUAAAAUAAUUUUCAGACAAUUUUCAGUUUUUCAUUAAACCGUGAUCUGAUCAGGCGGGAUGUGUAUUUUAUUGGCUACAUAAUGGACAAAGUGAUAAAUUUUCACAGCGUUGUGUUCAGUGUUUAGUUUUCUAUUUUGGACAUCAAAAGGGGCUAAAUUUAUAUGGGUGCCUAUGAAUUACUCUGAAAGGGAGACGUAGAAAUUGCAUAAAUGGGUUCAGCAAUAGUAAAGAAGCACCGCAUAAAGUUCACCCCCAUAACGGAUUUAUAGAACAAAAUGCGCCCGACAUACCGUCCAAACGGAACUUACACGUUAAAGAACCUUAAAAUAAAGAAUAAAAACGAGCUUAACACAAUAAGAACCCAAACGGGACUAAGCUUUAACUAAUCUGGACAUUUUUAAUAAAUUAUAGUUGCCUUCUAGAUCUUAAUCGGUCCAAUUUUGUAUAUAAAGUUUUUAGUGUAGAUGUUUAGUUUUAAAAGUGUUAUUUCGAAGAUUUUACGGCGUUUGUGAGUGCGGUACUGUGAUGGAGCAAGCCGAGGUUGAUAAGGGCUGUCACGGCUCUGAAGAUGGCAGCCAGCUGGGUAGAAACAGAAGCUUCAAAACGAAACAACUCGUGCGCAGUCAAGCGAUACGCGAAUCCACGUCUCCACCUCGUACCGUCUCCCCCUACAUGAAUGACAAAGAGAGGAACAACGAUAUAGCUGACAACGUUACGUAUGCAAGCGAGAGGGACAGCGACGGCUCUAGUCAUAGCGAUAUGUGCAGUGUUAUCGAUAGUGAUAGAAUAUGUGAUGGGAAGCAGCAGCCGGUGGAAAUACAGAUAACGUCAGGAGCUUGGGAGGCGGACGGGGAGAGCGAGCAAAGGCUGCGCACGCGCCGUUGGCUCGGACACAGGCACCACUCGGACUCUUCGCGUGACCUCCUCUCAUACAACCCACGCGUCGCCUGCGUGUGCGGGACAUGUGCAUGCCCGCACUGCAGAGGACGACGUCAGAAGCACGCCUGUCCAACGAAACAAGAUUCCGGUAUCGUCUGCUCGGACGAGUGCCCCGACUGUUUGGAUACGGAGCACGCUGGUCCGAAUGGUGACGGUGCCAGGAAGUCUAGUAGCUUCGAUGGCGACGAUCAGGCGUUUUAUUGCAGGUGUCCCGAGCGUAAAGAGCCACCGAUAAGUAUACCAUAUUGUGGUAACGAAUAUGAUGAUAAAGCUGAACCAACCGGUCCCGAACUGGUCAGCUUCAUAAAAGAAACCCUGAACAAGAAUCCACGGGAUCGCAUGACUUUACUUAAAAUUGAGAAAGAGUUGCAUGCGUUGGUUAAUGACAACGGGCGCUGCAUUGUGCGGUUCCCGGUGAUGACGUCGUACGGGCGCAUGCUGGUGCACCGCUGCGCCGCGCUGUUCCAGCUCGCGCACCACCUCGACCAGGCCAACAAGAACUCCGUGCUCGUCUCCAAGAGCGGCACGAGCGGCGGGCGCAUCCCGUGCACGAGCUUCAGCGAGUGGUGCUGCGCCACCUUCUCGAGCUCCCCCCCGGGGCCCGACACGCUCGCCAAGUCGAUCCUGAAGCGCGCGGGCGGCGCGGGCGCGGCGCCGGCGGCGGCGGCGGGGCGCAGCAAGUCGCUGGAGCAGCGCGAGCGCGACUACGAGCGCGUGCGGCGCCGGAUCUUCAGCUCGGAUAAUUGCUCCCGCGACGAGUCCCAGUGGGCGUGGCUGGCGGGCGCUCCGGUCAAGCUCCUGGCGCCGGAGCCACCUAGGAGCAGAUUACUGAAGGUGCAGUCCCUGGAGGGUCGCGGGGCGCAGGCUCGCGGGCCGGUCUCCAAGUCGCACAGCUUCGGCGGGUACGCCGCGGAGCAACCUCGUCUGCUCAGCCGGCAAGGCGACUUGGCGAGCAGCAGCUGGCGUCUGUCCCCCUCCAGCUCGGGAUACAAGACCCUGAGUCUGCGCAGCUCGGACUCCGUCACCCCCUCGCCCACCGGUGGCGCGAGUCCCGAGCCAAACGUCGAAGGCGCGACUCUGGUGUGGGCAGUCACCGAUAUGUCCGCCGUGCCGCCGGGGGCUCUCGUCAUUCACCCGCAGACGGGCCGACCACUCACCAACCCCGACGGCAGUCUCUACCACUUCGACCCGCAGAACCCGCCAGCAAUACAGGGAGAGUUUCAGAUCGACGUGAACAAUGAGAAGAGACGCGGGAAGCUGGAGAAACAGCACUCGUUUGUAGAUGGAGACUGCGACUGUCAGGCAACCGAUGAUUGUCGUACGAAAUGCUACUGCGAUCGCCGUCAAACGGAACAACCUCAGAUAUCGCCGAGUGAAAAGGGUUCACCCCAAAAACCGAAGGCCGCCUCAAAUCCAACCAGCCCAUUAAAGACUCGCUACGAAAACCGGACCAAACCGGUUACACCGACACCUAAACCGGAACCGGAGAAAGCAUACGAGGAAAGUCCGAAACAUGAAAAAUAUGAAACUACAAAUCAGAGACCAUUCGAGCAAACCAAACAGAAAUACGAACCCCAAGUUCCGAAGGAACCUCAGAAAAUUCUAGAAACACCGAAGUACGAAACGACCAAUCCCACCCCUCCGAAUGCGCGAUUCGAAUCGCCGGCCAAUCACAGGCCGGCGGCGUUCGAUCAACAUCAAAGAGCAUUCGAUCAAGCAAAUCAGAGAGCGUUUGAAUUAGCCAAUCAGAGGCAGGCGCUUGAGCAUCAACGAAACUACGAAAGGCAGUUCGAUAUUCAAAAUCAAAGGUUAAUGAAAAUGACUCAAGACGAAAUAUACCAACAACAUAACUAUAUACAGGGGUUCAGGAACGAAGAGAUAAUCUCCCCCCAAACGAUGGUGAACUACCAUCAGCAAGAAGUCGCUGAUAUGCAGAACAUGAUGCAGGCAAAGGUCACUUCCAUACCGAUGCCGGAUCCCAACAUGCGUCCGAUGUCGCUCACCAACAUGGUGUACCCGGGCGUGCAGCACAACGCCUACCCUUUCAUCAAUGCCUGUCGAAUCGAUCAAACUCUGCAACCAGCUCAAAUGUACCAACCGCUAGUCCAGCAGCCUGAGGAGCAGAAGCAGUUGACGUCGUCUCCUCACAACGAUAACACGUUCAGGAUCGACCCGUCCUACCCGUUCGCGGCCGACGUGGGCGCGGCGUGCGGCGCGUGCGAGCCGGCGCCGCCCAGCGGCUACAACGUAUCGUACGGACAAGUGGACGUCCAGCCCGGUAUGGUGCCGCAGUAUUCGAUACCGAACGUCCUGAUCCAGCAACCCAUGCAGCCGUAUCCGUACCAAGAACAAAUGCCACUCCAAUGGCAGAGCAUCCAGCCAACCGUGCCAAUGAACGCUCCGGCUGCACCGAAAGUGAUGCUGCACGAUCUGUACCCGCUGGUGUAUCCGAAUGUGUACCAGCCUUACAACAUAGUUUACCCACAGGUGUUACCCCAGCAAUAUCCAUUCGUCCAGCCGGUGUAUCCGAUAGUGGACAAACAGAGCGAGAUCAGGCGGAACAGCUUCCCGCGACCGAAGCGCAAUCCCUCUCGACCGCAAAUACUUUUCGGCGAAGAGAAGAGAUACGAGGAUAUGAAGAACGAGGAGCGGCCGAGCGACAUCACGCUGAAGAUACAGCAGAUAAAGGAGCAGAUGGCGCAGGUGAACACCGGUAAUAGGGGCAGGAACGACUGGCGGCGGAGGAACAGCGGCAGCGGGAUACUGGGCAGCUACCCCGUGCACUACAACGGGAGAGUCAUGGGAAGACCAAACGAAGAUAGUCGUCUGACAGCGGCCCAAGCUAUUGUUAACUCAUUACGGAAUAUGCAAAUUAAGAACAACUACGAGCCGCGUCGCUUCGAGCCGCGCGCCGAGCGGCCAGACGCGCGGCCGCGGCGCCACGAGCGAGACGUGCGCGACGCGCCGCGCGCCUGCCUCGUGCGACAGAUGUCGCCGGGAACUUGGUGCAGGCGGUCGCCGGCUCCUUUCCCUCCAGCGUUUAACCAACCGCGUAGACCACAUCCGGACGCCAGGAACGGUAGACGUUAAGCGAACGAACAAACACUCAUACAAUAGUUUACCUACAAACAUAUCCUACAGUCCUUUGAUAGAGAAUAUAUUAUCUGUAACUCGGUGUUGUCAUUUAAAAAGUAAUAUUGCCAUUUUAAAAUAUACCAAAAAUUAAAUAGUAACUCUUGUCGUUUCUUAAAAAAAAAACCAUAUAUUUUUCUCGUGGUUGGUUAUAUUUUCCGUAAUAUAUUUUCUAUCAAAUAAGAUUUUUUUUUUUCGUCAAUAAUCGGGACACGCCAUGUGAAACACGCACACACAUAUUUUAAUUGCGUCUGAAUUAAAUUAUACUUAUUACCAAAAAAAAAAAAUAUUAUUUCACAAUAAAAAAAAUUAAAUAUAUUUUGACGCAUAGUAUAUUCUAAACGACACAAUAUCAUAAUAAAGGCGAAUACAAACGGAGCGCUUGAGACGAUAGUUCUUGUUUAAGAAAAUAUUUAAAUUAUUUUUGCAUAACUAAAAUAUAUGUUCCAUAUUAGAUGGCCCUGUGGUAAGAACACGUGAAUCUUAACCGAUGAUCGUGGGUUCAAACCCGGGCAAGCACCACUGAAUUUUCAUGUGCUUAAUUUGUGAUUAUAAUUCAUCUCGUGCUUUACGGUGAAGGAAAACAUCGUGAGGAAACCUGCACGUGUCUAAUUUCACUGAAGUUCUGCCACAUGUGAAUUCCACCAACCCGCAUUGGAGCAGCGUGGUGGAAUAAGCUCCAAACCUUCUCCUCAAAAAGAGGAGAGGAGGCCUUUAGCACAGCAGUGGGACAUUCACAGGCUGUUACGGUUACGGAUGUUCCAUAUUAAAAUAUACAAAUAUACUUUAACAAAUAAUUUUGAAGAUUAGUAGAGUAUUAUUAAAAUACACUCGCUGGUGGUUUUGUGCAAGGCCGUUUUAAUAGAUACAAAUCAUCAGAUACUCUACCGCGAAAAGCAAUACUUAGUAUUGUUGUGUUCCGAUUUGAAGGGUGAGUGAGCCAGUACAAGCACAACGGAAGCUUGCUGGUGCAGCGGCGAUGAAAAUAAUGGGUAACAUUUCUUACAUCGCAAAAGUCUACGGACAGUAAUGACAUGCCGUUAAGUGGUCCCAUCGCUCGUCGCCCAACAGAAAAAAAAAAUCACCAAGAACGCAUUUUUUUAUACUAUCAGUGAACACGGACUAAACACAAUAAGCGGUCAAAUGGUUAUUUUACAGCAGCAUGGCUUCUCCUUAAAAAAAAAAAGAGUUACUACUCAGAUUAUAAUAUACUUCAGUAAUACACUAUAGUAUUUGUCAUUGCUAGUUGAUGGAUACCGUAACAGCCUGUGAAUGUCCCACUGCUGGGCUAAAGGCCUCUCCUCUUAUUGAGGAGAAGGCUAGGAGCUUAUUCCACCACGCUGCUCCAAUGCGGGUUGGUGGAAUACACAUGUGGCAGAAUUUCAGUGAAAUUAGACACAUGCAGGUUUCCUCGCGAUGUUUUUCUUCACCGUAAAGCACGAGAUGUAUUAUAAUUACAAAUUAAGCACAUGAAAAUUCAGUGGUGCUUGCCCGGGUUUGAACCCACGAUCAUCGCUUAAGAUUCACGCGUUCUUACCACUGGGCCAUCUCGGAUACAUCACAUGGAUACAUGUGACAGAAUUUCAUCCGUAAUAUAUGAAUUUCUUUUCUUUGACAAUUAAAACCGACAUACAGUUCUGAUACGCUUAGAAAAGAUUUAAUAUUAAAGCGGCGUUUAAAACGCGACGUUCGAAACGCUCUGUCUGUAUUCCACCUACGGAAGCUUCACAUACAUUAUAGAUCUCACGAAAGCGAACUAGUCAUUUUUUUUUUAUAAUAAACUACUUUAGGCUUAAAUAUUUGCUUUAGGUUCACACACUGUACACACACAUAUAUUUCAAUGUCCGUUUCAACGUGUCUGAUGUAAAUUGUUUUUUUUUUUUUGUUGUUAUUUAUAAUGCCAACAGAUUAUAAAUAUAAAAAUAAAAGCAUUUGUAGUCAAGGAACAUUUCUUGCAAAUGUUAGUUAAUGCCUGUGUUACACAUGAUUUUAUUAUAUAAGUCUUGUUUAGGGGGUGGGGGCUUGAUUAGUUAAACAACUGUUCUCUUCUUUCGAAUGUCAAAUCAAUGAUGCUAGAAAGAGAUAAAUCAUUGUUUAACUGAUUACCCUCUAAACGACGUUUAUAAAUAAGGUCGUGAAUUUAAAUAAAACAUGGUAAGAUCUAUAGGGGUCGUCCCGUAUAUUUAUAUAAAUAUCCAUGGUGAUCAGUCAGUGUGCUCAACGCCAUCUAGUGGUGAGAUGCAGCAAAGUAAUAAAAAAUUAAUCACAAAAAGAUAUCUAUCUCUCUCUCACAAACAAAUAUAACUAACUGCAAUUCGUAUUUAUAUAAUUAAAAAUAUAGAAAUUUACUUCCAUUUACAGUGCAAAUAAGUCUUUUUAAUAGUAAAUGAAUGCCUUUGAUUACAAAAUCUAGCACUUGUUAACCUUCAAGGUACAACGCAAUUCGUAUCAAAAACAUAAUUUGUGUUAUCACAGUGGCUUACAUACCUCAUGACAUUAAUUUCAAUCACUCGUGAUAAAUAAAAAAACGAGAUGAUAAUGAUCGAAAUUAAAUAUAUAGGAAAUGUACUUUGACUGUUAAAAUCCUUAUUUUUUCCUCAUAAUAUUAAAUAAAGUUGAUUUUAAAUGAACUCUUAUAAUUUUAUUUAAUUAAAAUCGCAAUGUGUCGUACUCUAACCAUUUCUUUUUUUUUUCAUGCCUAAUUUUGUCUUCAACUGUCGACAAAUUAUAUAAAAAAUUAAUGUAUUUAUUAUUUAAAAAUAGCAACAUUAUCACUUCAUUCGUUAAUUUUUUUUUUAAUAUUUUCUAAGUAUUUUUCUUAAAAAAGUACAUAGGGAUGAAAAAUUAUAUAAUAUAUUCAUAAAAGCCAAUACACGAAGUUGUACGUCCAGUGUUGCCAUAUGAAGGUGCGUUAUAAAUGCAUGAAUGAGUAUUUGAUAUUCAAUCUUGUCUAUAGACAUAGAGAACGAACGGAUCGUUUCAAGUUCAACAUCAAGUAAAUAUACCUGAAAAUGAGUAAGGGAGACAGAACGAUCGUCAGGUUUCAGUCUUUAUCACCUACUACGGUGUAUUGGUUGGUUGGUUGAAAAUGACAAAUCACAUAAUCAAAGAUCCCCAUUGAUAGUCAAUUUUCUUUUCGCUGCCAUUUCUAGUUUAUGAUUGGUGUUAUUAUGUGUGUUCCCCCUAGGGAGGCUCCACUGAUUGGGUACAUCUUUUCUAUGGAUUUGUCAAAUUUAUAAUUCGUCUGUUCUCUUUGUCUAUAAUCUCUACAUUAAGCUAUGGUGUAUACUUUUUUUUUCGUAAUUCUAUAAUCAACAUACUAUAUAAAUAAAACAAUUUCAAUACGGACUUUGAAAUAGCACAAUAAUGAAAAAAUCUGAACACAGUGUCCCAGAGUGUACAGUUAAGUCGAGUAUUCUCAUAUGGAACGAUCCUUGCUUAUAUAAUCGGUUUCCAACAAGUGGACACAGUGCUACAGUACAAUUACACGUUAAACAGUACCCACCUUGGUUAUAAACGUUGGUUAGCCUUUCAAUUAAACUCUAUCUCUUUUUGUCAUUAUUGAUUUGACAUUCGAAAGAAAAAGACAGAAUUGUUGAAUCACUCGCUAAGCAGCGUUUAUAAUUAAGAUUGUAUUAUAUUAAGAUAAUUAUAGUUAUAUAGAACUGUCGUACGCUUUAUUAACAUAUAUUUACCUUAAUAUACAUAAUAUGUUAUUUGUACAUUUAUAUUUUUUUAAUUUCAGUAAUGGCAGCUUCUACAAGUUCUUUCUCAUCUUUUUAAAAAUUACUAUGUAUAGAUUAAAAAGAGUUUUUGGGUUGGUUUUUUUUAAAUAAGUGUUGCUAUUGUUCAAGUAUUACGUAUGGAAUUUGAAAGUUCAUUUUUUGUUUUAAAGGGUAACAUCAUAAAUUCUACAUAAUAAAAUUAUAUUAAUAAUAUUAGUAAAAAAACAAGUGGUCUAUGAAUUUAAGUUAAUACAAACAAAUAUAAUUCCUACAUUUAUAUGUUUAAGAUAGUAUACAAGGUUUUUUUUAAAUUUGUCAAAGAUCUCACGUAAUACUAGAAUAUUAAGAGCAAUUGAAAUUCGAAUGUCCAUUAUCGAAAAUAUUUUACUCAUAUUAUUGUUGUCCUAUAAUAAUAGUUAAUUAAAUUACUUCCGAUAAAAAAAUAAUAUUAUUAAAUAUUAUCACGUACCGAAAUUAUUUAUUAUUAAUAUAUAAAGAAAUGUAUUUUCUUAUAUUUUGCUUAAAGAUAAUUAAUUGACAACAUGCACACAUUAUUACCUCAACUUCAUGUGUACAUAGGUUUUGUUAUUUUACAUAUAAAUAACAUACUAUAAUAUAAAUAUAUACUAGAAAUCUUGUAAAGGAUUAGGUUUACAUUUGUCAUACGAAAAUGGUCUUUAUACUAUUACAUUAAAGACUGUUUUCGUGACUUUUAAAUAUCUAAAUGGUUGUCUUUAGAAGUUCGCGCUUAUUGUCUCGGUGUUAGAUUCGUUAUCUGUUUAGCGUUUCGUUUAUUUAAUCUGUGCACGCUGGCUACUUAUUGGAACUGUCAAUGUGACAGUGACAGCUGUCAAAGUAAGGCAAAGUCCCGUAGAUUGUAUUUACAUUGAGAUUAUUGUAACAUGUAGAGUAUAUUAUUGUUAAUAUUAAAGAUUUUAGCAUAUAA